UGAUUCGAUUCGAUUCGCAUUCGCCCUCGCCUCGAGGGCCUCGAAGCAGCUUUUGUUGUUGUUGUCCAUUGUCUCUCAAGUUAGCCGAUCAAAGAAGCUUGCAGCUAGCAACCUGGUCUCGCUUAACAUUUCAUGCAAACAUGUACUCCAGCAGACGGUUGCUCGCAACAUCCUCGUCUUCGGGAAGAGGAGCCCUUGGUGGUGGGUUCUCGAAGGAUAAUUUGACGGAAUGGGCCGCACGAGAAUGGGGAGAAGUUGCUGAACCCGGUCAUUACAUUGAUUUACACUCCCACAAAAUAUCACCCGAGUGUGCUGCCGUCCUGGAGAGGCAUUCACGCCCUUCCACCGCCAUGAGCCGAGCUUUUUUUGGAUCCAGCGUAUUUGCUCCGGAACGAUUCCUUGUUUCAACGUUGGGGUUUUCGAAGAACGACAUACUGCCGUCCGUAUUUCGGAAGGGUGAUUCCUAUCUCUUUUUCACGGCCACCGAGUCGACCCCUCACGAGCUCAUCCUGGGGUGGAAGUUGGGACAGAGUCGAGGAUGCACGAUGUUGGCCGUAGAUCCAAGAGCUCGAUUAGUGUACUUGGGGAGUGGAAUUGAAAAGGCAGACUACCACCGAGGCGUUCUGUUUCGAAAGAUAUUGACACCGUUUCACAUAUUCUACUCGAAUUUAUUGAUCAAAGGAAUGGUAAAGGAGCUAGAGGACGAGUGUGCGAAACUCGAGUCCCCCGGAUCUGGCUAAGAACUACCGAAGUGUCGCGAGAAAUAAAUGAUACUACAUCUACAUCCGGUCUUUCGAAUGAUAUAUCUAUGCAGACAAAACAACCCAGCUACUUGUAGCCAGUGGAAGGUCAAUCUUGAAGCUGGUUUUGCCUCGCGGUUGAUAGUACAAAGCGCAAAGAGGGAAUCGCGUUGGAAGCUUCGCAGUUGCAACAUCUUGGGCCAAUUCUGUGGGCUUAGACACUGACCAGCCAUCACUAAGGGCCACAGCUGGUCAUACCUACUCCCGGUUGCAGCUCACCAUCGUACCAUAUCUGUGCUCUGUGAACGAUGGGAUUCCAAGCCAAAAAGGUCAACAUUCAAGCGGGAUUGGGGCUGCAUCUCUGCCAACAAUACUACAUGUAGUAGCUACACGUGUACGGUACUUCCAAUGGCCACUUCAUACCAGAUGGCAAAUAGUAGCUGCAUUACUUGUAGACCCAACCACAAGGACGUUCCUGACACGACAAACUUUACAAUAACGAUGGCGACACGGGUCAAUUCGAUAUGUACUGUCGUUUUGAGCGAGGGACCACAAGUGACCAAGCAAUUUGAUGACGAUUGCAACUCUAGCCACCAUGUUCGGUGUCAGUCAAGUCAGUCAUCUUUGCUUUCGUUCCUACUGAAGCCUCGAUUGCCCGGCCACCGGAACCGACAAGUUCGGAGCCGGCCUUAGCAACUGCCAGCGAUACCAUACGGUAUGUCGUGAGCUGAAUGUAUUCCUGAUGACCAGAAAGCAGCAUCCACCAGCUGCUUACUACAUACAUGCAGUACAUGUACCUCUGUCGGGUGGACCUCUGGCUGAUCACGGCGACGAACCCGAGAGUUCCGUCCUUCUUCUUCGGCUCAAUGGGCCCCAUCAGUUGUCAGACUCACACUGUUUGCAAAACUGAUCAUCCCACAGUGGUUGACCCUCCAGCCAUCUAGCUUACGAUACAUGUACUUGAGCUGGUAUAUGUUUCAUCAGCAGUGGCUACAUGAUAUUGUACUAAAAGGAUGUUCUUGAAGCUAUCAUCCGCUGGGAAUGAGGAAGCCCGCAGCUCCGAUACCACUACCGCUACUAGACUAGUACAGCUGCUGCACCGAGCCGCCGAGGGAAGGUGUGGUACAGUGCUGGUACCGGGUACUAGAAGAAUGUGAAUGAAAAAGCCGGUGUAGUCACCUGGUUUGAGUAGAAGAGCACGGGUACCGUACUAGUAAUAUUGAAAAUAAAUAAUACUAAAAAGAAGCCUUCCAACUUAGUUGUGAGUCGCCAGGGCCUGACCCUCAACCCUCAACCACCACAAGAAGCGAAUGAUGAAUCGAAGCGAAUCCACACAAACACACAAACACCAGUGACCUCAAACAUAUUAGUAAUGUACCGUACCGGUACCGGUACCGGUACUAGCUAGCCAGCACAACCUCAUCGAAUGGAGGGACGAGCAGCGCCCGGUGCACAGUGGUGGUAGCAGAGCCAGGAUAGAAAACCAAAGUAGUACCGGUACAAAGUACGAUAUGUUACCGGGCAAGCUAGAGACGAUACACUGUCUUCUGUAGCCGGUGGCCUUGUCAAGUACCGGUAGGCUAGCAACUAGAGACCUUGACAACGAUAAAGGGGAAAAGAUUGCAUGUACCGGUAGCUACCAAUGAGUAGGUGUCCAUCAUGUUGCUUUUCGAUGAAGACUCGAAGGAUGAGAAUGGGAGGGAAAAGAUUUUGGAUCUCGCGUAUAACUUAAACAGUACCACACUUAAUUCUAUUCCAAUUGGAGGUAAGUCUACUAGAGCCCGUAGCUAUCAACUCAUAGCUCGGGAGGGUUGCACUUACCGUUUUCAAAUCUGGGGACUUUGUAAUUCC